AUGCACUCGCCCCUCUCCAGUUGCGAUUCUGUAUGGCGCAGCAUGGCCCUGCGAACCGACACGGCUCUUGAAGUACGAUCAGAUCUUUACGACAGAGGCAACAUCAGUCGCCUCAAGGAGUUCUACAUCCGCCGGCUUUCGCAGAACGACGGGGUGGCGCCCGCUAUGGCGCGGCUCCGACAGAGUCGGUCGCCUCGCUCCAACUUUGGCAGUCCACGAACGAACUCAGAAGUGGAAAGUCCCGAAUCCAUCUAUGAGAAGUAUGUGACUGGCAAGGUGCUGCUGUCCAGUUCACUGGGCAGGUUGUCAAAAGUAGCGCCACGCAUCGAGAUGCUGAAUGCCAAGCUCAUUAGUUUACGAGCAGCAUUGGAAAGCAGGAUCUUAGAUGGGAGCAGCCAGAGCAACGUCCUCCGGCACUUGACCCAACUGAGGUAUCACCUGGACAGCGCCUUGAAAUGGGGUCCAGACGCAGCUGAUCUCGGCGCAAUUAGCGAACACACCAUCCAGCAGGUGCAACAACUUGCAAGCACAGCCCGGGUCCUCGCACCCGGCGUGUAUUUGUUCUCAAAAAGGGCGGAGAACAUUCUUAUUCAGAAGGAACGUGCUUUGAAGAAGGCAGCGCAAGUUCUCUUCGAGGAUCAGCGAAAAUCUUACAAUUCAGCAACUUGGCAUGAAGAGCUGGCUACUGUAGCCGAAGCUACAGCAGGACUUCAAAGGAGACAUGAGAAUCCCGACCUCAAGGCAGAAUCCACUGUGGUGAGCGAGCUCGACUCUGAAUGCGGGACCAUGUAUGCUGACACCGUAAUCACCUGUCCUGCAGACGUUGGAAAUGUUCAAGAUGUCAAUGACUAUUUAGCACUGAAGAGUGAGGAUCAACAGCGCCGAUGGUUCUAUUCUCAGUGUUUGGCGGCCAAACUGGUCACCUCGGAUCAAGCUCGAGCUCGAAAGAUUCUCAUUAGCGAUCUCUACGCGAAGGUGAAGGCUUCAGGGAUUCCCAUCACGAACUGGAUGAUGUUCAUUCAGGAGCAGUUAAUGCUUGGCCGCGGCAUUCCAGUCCCCACGGAUAUUCGUUGA